GUCAUUGGAGGAGCAUGCGUGACACAUCAAAACUUGACGAAAACAGACAGCUCAGGCAGAGGCUAGCAGACGGUUCAGCUUAGAUAUCUGUGGGAAAACAUCUGAGUACACGGCACGAAUAUAAGGUUUAUACCGGGAUCACUCAAGACUACAUUGUAAUCUUCGAUUUCUACUCUACUGGCUGACAGGAGAACGGAGUUUGGUUAUUGAGGUUGAAACACUGUCAGCUGAAGAACUUUUUCUGCCAUGGAGUUUCCAGAUUUAGGAGAGCACUGCUCUGAGAAGACCUGCAAGCGUUUGGAUUUUCUGCCCAUGAAAUGCGAUGCCUGUCAGGAGAUUUUCUGUAAGGACCACAUAACCUAUGCAAAUCACAAAUGCAUGUCCUCUUACAAGAAGGAUAUCCAGGUUCCUGUCUGUCCUUUAUGCAACACCCCUAUCCCCAUCAAGAGAGGGGAGAUGCCCGACAUUAAAGUCGGUGAACACAUUGAUAGGGAUUGCAAAUCUGAUCCUGCACAAAGGAAAAGAAAGAUUUUUACCAAUAAAUGUUCUAAAGGAGGCUGUAAGCAGAAGGAAAUGAUACGAGUGACCUGUGAUCAGUGCCAUUUAAAUUACUGUCUUAAACACCGGCACCCACUAGACCAUGAUUGUAAAACAGAUGGGAAACCUCUGUCCAAAUCAGGACAUGCUGCUGUAGUGAGAGCCCAAGGUGCUUCCUCCACCUCGGCCUCCGGUUCGAGUUCAUCUGCUUCAGGAAACUCUCGACCUGUCUCUAAUGGCAUUAGCUCUAACAACAGAGGCCACAACAGUGGCUCCGCUCAGCGAAUCCCUACUUCUGUAUCAGCACAGAAUGUAAUACCACCAUCAGCAUCAUUUCAGGCAGGCCUGACGGAGGAGCAGGCUUUACAAAGAGCUCUGGAGAUGUCUUUGGCUGAUUCCAGGCAGACAGUUCAGCCGGCCCUAAGUCCUCAGGAGCAGGAGGAUCUGGCUCUCGCUCAGGCUCUAGCAGCCAGUGAAGAAGAGUACAGACGCCAGCAGCAGAGACAACAGGUACCCGGAAAGCUUAGCCGUCACUAGCAUGCUAACAGGAACGCAUAGAGGGGAGAGGGUCCAAGCAAUCCAACUGCAGCCUUUCUUAAACCAUGCCCACCUUUUAGACUUCGAGCUGUGCUAAUGAACUCCUAGAAUCUGCUCAUCUGGGACAACACUCUCUUGGAUCAAUGAUUGUUAAAUGAAGGAAUCCUCUGUGAAGUUUGCUCAGAUUUAAACGCCUUCUACAGUAUAAGCACAUACUUUCCUAGCAGGAUCUGUCAUUUUUACAAAUGAUUUGCUUUGUACAUAUUUUAUAUGCUUAUCAUGAUGACACCAUUAUAUUACCAUAUAUGGAUAUUAAAUAAAUUAUUUCAAAGAUGCA